GAUCACUCAUUGUCUUUGUUGUCCGAAGAAGUGAAUGUUAGCUUUGGAUCGGAAGCAAGUGAAAAUAAUAACUUGAGUCGUUCCUUUUGCGGUUUCAAUUCAUCUCAUCGACCACUAGAUACGGUUCAUGAGGAAUGUGAAAGUCAGGAAAGUACAACCCUCAGCUCCGAGACAGCAGGCCCUCCUACUGUCAAAACCAGGAUUGGCUUCUCCAACGUGGACAAGUUGUACUGCCUCAAACCACCAACCAAGCUGUUAGAACUGACAAGGGAGAACUUGAAGAAAAAAGGAUGGUCGAGGAUAUGUCGGGUACGACGGUUAAAAGCCAACGAAUGCUCUGAAGGUGUGGGGACAGCUUUCUGUCCGGAUAUCUUCUUACAAACUCUUCCGUCAAGACGGCUGUUCCUUGCACGUCCAAUAUACCUUGCACUCAUCAAAGAAGUUCUGCUGCUUCUGUAUGUGUUGCGAGCCAUUCAUGCUAACCUUGAGCUCGAUGUGCUUUGUUACGAUACCACACCGACUACCUCCGAAAUCUUCCCGAAAGUCAAAAUA